AUGCAAGCACCGCAAGAGAUUUACGAUUUGAUCGUGUCCUUUGUGGAUGACGUCGAUAGCCGGCCGUGGGCCGCUUCGACACGACAACACAAGAUUCAAUCCGACGAGCUUCGACACCAGCUCGCGACGUUACGCCUAGUCAACCGCGCCUUCUGUCGCAGCGCCUCACCGCGACUGUUUCGACACCUUCGCGUCGUCGCCAAAUCCGCUCAGUCCAAGACCUCCGAAUCGCCGCUUGUAGGCCUCGUAGAGCUCUCCCACGGCCCCUAUGCCGACUACGUGCGCCAACUAGACAUCGGGCUCGAGGACACCGAGCACUCGGAAGAGUUCUGCUCCAUGUUCCUGGAAGAUUUGGCGGGAGUGCUGCCCUCCUGCCUGUGCCGGCUGUCCAAACUCAAGGCGCUUGAUUUCCAGGGGGUUCCCGGCUCGUUACCCGAGGCUACCACCCGAGACUUUGUCAACACCGUCAUCAGCAGCCUCCGCUACGUGCCACUGCCGAACUUAACCGAGCUGGACAUUGCCUUCCCCAUCACCCACGAUUUCGCCCAAUUCUUCCCCCACAAGACCCUCAGCUCCAGCGCCCUGCGCAUCUCCACCGAACACGUCCUGCAGCGCCUGCACCACCUGGGCCUCCGCAUCACCGCCUCCCCCACCGAGCACGCGCAGCCACAGCAACAUGAAUCCCCCUCUCCGCCGCCCGCCGCGACCGUACACACCCCCGGCUUGUCGAACCAGGCCCACGCACACUGGCUCUACAAGAUGAUCCGUCACGCCAGCAAUCUGAAGUCGCUCGCCAUCGCCAGCGCAGACACCCUGGAUCUGGACGGGGCUGCUUUCAGCCGCUCCCUCCGCCUGGAAUCCAUCCAGCUGCGCCGGGUGUCCAUCUCGUCCUACAAGCUGCUGUCGCUGGUCGAACAAUGCAAGGACUCCAUCCGACACAUCGAGCUCUACCAGGUCAAGCUGAACUCGGGCGAGUGGCAACAUGUGCUGUCGCGCAUGACGCAUCUGCCCGGGCUGGUGAGCUUCGUGAUCAAGUCGUGCGGAUACUCGUCGACGGGCGCGGGGGCCACCUACUACAACCCGCAUGGCUCGUCGGGGGCGGUGAUGAAGACGACGAACUCGACGGAGAUCCUGGCGCUGGGCGCCUUGCACCGUCGGGUCCACGAGAACCGGGUGAACUGCGGGCUGGCCCCGUUCCGCGAGACGGAAUUCCGCCGGAGAGUAAAGAGUAUUUGA